CGGACUUGGGUGGAUUAUGAAACCUAUUGCUGAGGGGCAAAUCCAUGCAUCUAAUGGAAGAGCAUAAUGGAAGAGCAGCCUUUGCCCAUUUCGGCAUGAAGGAGCCGAACGAUUGGUGAUCGAAAUCAUCUUCAGAGGAGAUGGUUAGAAACUUAGAAUCAUUGGCUAUAAUGAAGCCGUUUAUUCUGUUUUAGGCCGGCUUCCUUUUUGCCUCUGAUUCUGAGCUACGAUGAAGCCACUCUGUCUCUCUCUGUCUCUCCUAGAAUCAUCAAUAGCCUAAUGCGUAUUUCACACCGUUUUUGACUGGCACCUGAGGCAUCAAGCGAGGAAGUUUCAAUCUGGUGACCGGACUGGAAUCAUUUCAAUUUGUUCUGGGUAUCUGUUAGAAUCUCCCCAGGAGCAUGGGAUGCGUGAAUUUUCGCUGAUUCUUGAGAUUUUACUCUGCAAAUCCGGAUUUUUUUUGGUUAUCACUGUCAUCCAUGGAUGGAACUAAUGAUGGAUUUUUGAGAAAUGAAUCUCGCAACAGAGGAGAAGAGUCCAUCUUGAGGUCGAAUCUCUUCUUGGAUCAUUUUGGGGAGGUCGUUGUCACUCUCAAUUCAGAUGGGUUGUCGUGGAAAUUAUUGGAAGCCGCCAAUAACAAGAUGGAUAGAUCUUCGUGUUGGGUUACCAGUCAUGGUUCAAAAAUUGAAAAUGCUAUCAAGUUCUCUGAUAUUUACGCCGUUGAGUUCAUCAAUUGGUGUUUGAUUCAUGAGUCAAUUCUCCCGAAAUCUGGAGGAUUCCCUGUGGGUCAUGACUCUGAGAUGUUUUGUUUUAUGGUGCAUGGGUUCCAAAGAUCGAAGACCCAGCGUUCUCUUUGGAUCCUGACUACUUACACCUUUGGUCACAAGGAUCUGCAGAUAUGCCAAACAUGGGUGAAUCAAAUUAAUGCAUCUAUGGAAGAAAUGCAAGCUGACAGACCCAAAAGCCUUUUAGUUUUUAUUCAUCCAUUGAGUGGGAAAAGGAAUGGCUGCAGAACUUGGGAAACUGUGGCUCCUAUAUUUUCUCGUGCUAAUGUGAAAACAAAGGUAACUGUUACAGAGAGGGCGGGGCAUGCAUUUGAUGUGAUAUCAUCUAUGAAAGAUGAGGAACUCAAAUCCCAUGAUGGUGUUGUUGCUAUAGGUGGUGAUGGUUUCUUCAAUGAAAUUCUGAAUGGUUUACUCUCUCCAAGGUACAAGGCUUCCUACCCUCCAGCACCUACAGAUUUUGUGCAUACAGCUGAGAAUACUGAGAGCAAUCUUGUUCAUCAUCCUAAUGAAACUACCUCUAAGAGUUCGCAUCAAAAUGAACCUCUUCUUUCAAAUUCUGGACCUAAUAGCUCGGGCUUCUCAAAUAUCAGAUCUGAAGGUGGGUCUAGCAAUAGAGAUCAAGAUACUAUAUUGUCCUUCCCAAAUGAAAAAUUUAGACUGGGAAUUAUUCCUGCAGGUUCAACUGAUGCCAUUGUGAUUUGUACUACUGGGACUCGAGAUCCCAUAACAUCUGCCUUGCAUAUUGUCCUUGGUAAAAGGGUACGCCUCGAUAUAGCUCAAGUUGUCAGAUGGAAAACAAGUAUCUUGUCCAAGGACGCACCUUCUGUACGCUAUGCAGCUUCUUUUGCUGGAUAUGGAUUCUAUGGAGAUGUCAUCAAGGAGAGUGAAAAGUACCGUUGGAUGGGCCCCAAACGCUAUGAUUAUGCAGGAACAAAGGUGUUUUUGCAGCACAGGUCAUAUGGAGCUGACAUAAGAUUUUUAGAAGUUAAAGCGGAAAAUGUAAAUGCAAUUCCUGUCAAAGGUCUUCAAGGUAGAGGGACAAGAUCACUGUGGGGUCCACAGAAAAGACCUGAAAGACUGGUCUGCCAUGUUAAUUGUAGCGUUUGUACUGAGUCUGUGAACCCAACUCAAAUGAUUACAAAAAGUCCCACAGAGACAGACUACAUGAUCCCCAAAGACUCAAGGUGGCUGCAAUCCAAGGGGCAUUUCCUUAGUGUAGGUGCUGCAGUCAUCUCCUGUCGCAAUGAAAGAGCUCCCGAUGGUUUGGUGGCUGAUGCUCAUCUUGCAGAUGGUUUUUUGCAUCUCAUACUAGUUAAAGAGUGCCCUCGUGCAUUUUAUUUAUGGCACCUCACACAACUUGCAAAGAAAGAUGGUAGCCCCUUGAACUUCAAGUUUGUGGAGCAUCAUAAAACACCAGCCUUCACAUUUAUGUCUUUUGGUGAUGAGAGUGUGUGGAAUUUGGACGGUGAGCUAUUCCAAGCACAUCAACUCUCAGCACAAGUGCUUAGAGGUCUUGUUAGUUUAUUUGCAUCUGGCCCUGAAGUUUAGAGAUGCAAGCAGCUUCAAACACGGUUAGUAGUAUUUUGCUGCAGUGUCCCAGGUUGGAGCCCAUUUUUAUCUAACAGGAAUGGGAAUGGAUCCAGGGAAAAUGUAGUCAUGAAGAAUAGAUGGUGUCUACUGUGUCAAGGAAGCUAGAAAUGAUCUAGUUUUGAGCAAAUCAGAGCUCAAGCUAGUGUAACUAUUGAGAGCAUUGUAAAUCAUAAAAGAAACGCUUCUCAGCAUUAGUGAGUCAGAAAUGGACAAAAGCCGGCGCCUGCAAAUUGAGAGUCAAGAAAGAACUGAUCCUGGUUAUAUAAGAAAUAGUCACAAAGGUCCUCCAGCUUCUGAGGUUAUUGUAAGAAUGAUACUGGAAAUUCCAUAGCGGCUGAAUUAAAGAUAGUAUUGUGCAGCUUCAAGGGACAUACAAUAAGCAUGGUCUCCUUCACAGGAGGCAGUUAGCACCAGCAUUAGCCUACAGGAAUCUGCUUCUUGAAUAAGAAGUGCAGUCCAUACAAUAUUCAGCAAGUUUUGUAAUGUACAACAAUUACCCCCUCCCUUUUUGGGAGGCGCAGUCCACCUUUGAAGAGAUGCUUCUGUAUCUAGUUAAUUAGGGCUUCCUGCCUUCUCUUGUCAAUCUAGUUUGCAUAAUCAGGUGGCUCAUGUACUUUACAGAGCAAUUUUAAUGUAUCAUUCUGUACAUUGUUAAUGUCACUGAGAUUGGCAGAGGCCAUUUUUUUUCAA